CUAAGUUCAUAGCUUCACUACCUACUGACCUACAAGUUGAUCUGAGAAAGUCACGAGAAUCUAUUCAUAGUCUACAAGAUGCAUUACGUAUGGCUAAGAGACUCCAAGCUAUCCAGACGACUCCCUCAUCGAGUAAAUCUAAUACCGGUUCCAAUGCGAGUACUGGUACUACUCCAAUUACUCACGACGCACCACUAGAAGCCCCUACUGUUGAUGCUGUGAAUCUACCAUCAGUUCAACUUAACGAUCCUCUGACGAAGUCCGACCCUGCUGUAGCAGCGAUUGCUGACCUUACUGAAGCUAUCCGACAAGAACAACAACUCAUGGUGAACUUCAUUUCCCGGCGUGGUAAAGGUAAAGGCGGAUUCUACCGCUAUGGUCGUUAUCAACCCUCAAGGAGACCUGGAAGGAACAAUUAUACAUACAAUCGUCGUAGUUUCCCUCAAC